CAGGCUGCCGCUGCACUGCAAGACGCUGUCAGCAAAGGAGCAGCUGAUCUGAGAGCUGAUGUCUGAGAGUAACAUGUUCAACAGGGACUCAAGUCUCAAGAAAGAUGGGAAACUGAGCAGAUAGGAGGACGGAGACACUCAAGGGUGAGAUUUUUGAUCUGGUUUGGCGAUGAACAGCUGCCAAGUGUUGGGUUUGAAGAUGUGGGCCUUGAUGGGAGUUGUCUGUCUGUGCCACUGUGUCUCCGGACAGCUGUUUGACACCAAGCUCAAAGCGCCACGACUGAUCUGCAGUGUCCCUGGGUCACCUGGACUGCCUGGCAAACCGGGUCCCAGCGGGCCCCCGGGAGCAGAUGGGAAUGUGGGUAUCCCAGGAAGAGAUGGCAGAGAUGGCAGGAAGGGUGAAAAGGGAGAAAAGGGAGACACAGGAGUGAAGGGCAGGGUGGGCCCGACAGGUAAGCUUGGAGAACGAGGUGACCGUGGCCCUCCAGGCAAACGAGGCCCUGUAGGAGAGAACGGAGACGUGGGCCUGCCUGGUCCCCCAGGACCCGACGGAACGAAAGGGGACAAGGGCGGGCGAGGACCGCGGGGAACCGCAGGGAUCUGCAAAUGUGGCAGCCUGCUGCCUAAAUCUGCCUUCUCUGUGGGAAUCACCAGCAGCUACCCUGUAGAGAAGAUCCCUAUCAAGUUCAACAAGAUCCUCUUCAAUGAAGGCGGACACUACAACCCACAGACGGGCAAGUUCAUCUGCGCUUACCCAGGCAUUUAUUAUUUCUCUUAUGACAUUACACUGGCCAACAAACACCUGGCCAUCAGUCUGGUGCAGAAUGGUCAGUAUCGCAUCAAAACCUUUGAUGCCAACACAGGAAACCAUGACGUGGCAUCUGGGUCCACUGUCAUGUACCUGAACCCAGAAGAUGAGGUGUGGAUGGAAAUCUUCUACCACGACCAGAACGGUUUAUUUGCAGAUGCUAGCUGGGCGGACAGCCUCUUCUCUGGCUUCCUCAUCUAUGCGGACAGCAACUACUUUGACACACUGGCAGAGGACUACGCAUAGAGCCUGAAAAACUCGAUUAUUUUAUUACACACAUAUAAAAACUAUAUUUUUAUACCAAUGUUUGUACUGCUAGUGAUAUUAUUAGAAUGGAGACUUAUCUAUUGAUUUAAAAAUAUAUUAUAUGAUGAAGUCUUUAUAGCU